AUGUCCGUGAAGCUGAGUGAACUUGUUUCAAACCUUGUGAACGACAAAAACGAACCUUCAGAAGUCGAAAUGCAGACGAUAGUAAAUGCCGUUGAACGUGUCAUUGGCGCAGACACAAUCCUUCGUCUCCAAAUAGAACAGAAGAUGCGAAAUUACACAAAAAAGUUGGUGUUACAAGCCGAGAUGAUUAACUGUUUGACCUUAGCGAAUUAUGUGGUUCAGAACUCGCCUACAUUCAGAACACAAGUCUGUGAGUUGUCGUUUCUUACACUCCUCCAACAAGUUGGGAAGAUGAGGAAAGUGCAUACGGAGACCGACGAAGUCGAAGAUAAAGUUCGAGAAUUGAUAGCCGUCUGGGGGUGCUUCUACCCAAAUGAAUUGUCCGAAUACGCCGUGUUGUAUCAGAAGUACUGCUCACAUAAGGUUAUCGAUCCUAAGACUAAACCAACUGUAUUCUUACCCAAUGAAAUCACACGACUCAUCCCUCACGUAGAACACAAUUUAAGAAAUGUUGUUCGUGCCAUUGAGUGUAUGCCUUAUGAUGUAGAGAAUGUCUUUAACUACGCCUCGAAGAUAUUGAUCAAAUUUGACCACGAGUGUCUCAAGUGUCGCGACCAUAAAGAUAAGUACGACGAAGAAUCGUAUAAAGAAAUGGAAGCAAUCGGCAAAAGGCUAACGUUCAAUUUGAAGAUAUUGAAACAAAAGAUGGACAGCAGGAAAAAGAAGAACAACAACAACUUCCCUGAGACCAAAUUUUCAAGUGGAAGCGCUUUACUUCAAAAUGCGAUGUCGACUACAGACACAGCUAUUACUCGACCAACUAAGGCUUUAAGUAGUUCAGGCAUCUUUGUCCCUCAAAAGACUAAAAGACGAAGUAAAGGACAAAGCCCUGUCUCCCACAGCUUUGUGCUCCCUGAGACGUCAUUUCAAGAGCGCCAAUUUCAGUCCUCAUCAACAUCAGGACUUCAGAAUAGCUCGUCAUGCCACUUUGUAAUGACUCCUCCCUUCUCCCCAGAAAAAGGGGCGGAUCGAGUGGAUACCAUGUCACCUAAUAUGUUCGACUUUGACGAGGAAAUGGCAUAG